AUGAAACGGUGCCAGGUCUGGGCAUCUCUCGUUAAAUGGCGCCUACUUAUAUGGAUGAUGGAAUACGGAAGAACGCGCAAAGGGCCGCUGCCUGGAGGUCGCCAGGGCGUGUCUGGAGCUGGCGCUGGACGCGAAAGCAUGCGAACUGCCAGCCGAGCGAGAGGUGCUGCACGACCACCCAUCAGCUCCUCGCAUCCAUCAAUCCCACCAUCUGGUUUGGUGUCGGCAGGGUCUUCGCGGGCCCAGCAAUCAGCACCCGCCACUGGUGGAGUACACCGCAUGCGAUGGACAAUCAAAAUGAAUACGAAUGCACUGCGGGCGUAUUUUAGGGCGAAAGGGGGAGAAGUUGGAGGUUUGGCAUAUCGGGCUAGGAUGCAUCGUCUUUUUCCUGAGCUGGAGCCAUCUAUAACCGUCACAGAACAAAACCUGGCAGACCGAGUUCGGUAUAUCUUGCGCUCAAACAUAUUUGAUGUCGCCGAACUCAAACGGCUACGACGUGAGGCUGUUCCUUCAUCGGGUGAAAAUGCUACGGCUAACGGCAAACGUGUAUGCCGCCGUGAAUACCCCAGUUGUGGUUGA